UCUUAUUCUUAGCUUCUUCAUAUAGCUAUAGCUAGCUUCAUAUUUACUCAAUUUCCUCCAAGAAACAUAUAUCUUCUUCUCAAUCAAAACAUGAGAGAUUAAAAAAACAGAAGAGAAAAUUGAGGGUUUUAUUAUUAUUAUUAUUAUGAAGAUGGGAAAUCUUGAAAUUAGUGUUGCAUGUUCCAAGCCUCCUUCUUCUUCUUCUUCUCAUCAUAACAACAAUAAUAUUAUUGACAAAGAGAUCAAAGAAGAAGAAGGAGGCUACCUCGAGGGUAUAAUAGUACUUUCCAAGCAACGAGACCUAGAAUCAAGAAAGGAGCAAGAAGAAGAAGAAGAAAUUGAUGUUGAUGAUGAUGGAUUCAAGACUCCAACAUCAAUGGAUCAAAGAAUCCCAAUAGAAUCAAAGCAAUGCCCACCAGCACCAAGAAAACCAAAGCCGCCGUUGUUAUCUCUCAAGAGAAAACCGCCGUCAUCGUUGUCGCCGCCGUCGUGCUGCAUCGUCAGCUGCAGAUACCACCCACUUGAUCUCUCCAGAGAAGUUGAAUUAUUGUUUCAGAGAACAACACCACAACAAAAGCAUCAUCAGCUUCUUUCUUCAGACCAAAUAAUAAUCAGCAAGAAAAUUCGAAGGGAAUGAUAUAAUAUUAAUAUUAAUAUUAAUAUAUAAUCUAUGGUGCAAAAGCAAGCAUGUUUUCUUCCACAUUUGUGUGGUUUGAUGAGGUUUCCUCUCUGUAGUGUGUCAUGUAAUGGGUGCAAUGCGAUGAACUUGAUUCUCAGCUUCACAAUAAAUUUGGUUAGUUUUCUUUCUUUUUCUUA